GAAUCGUUGAGUGAGUGGAUAGGGAGCUUUCAAGUUCCACAGCUAUAUAAUUGGUAUUAUCAUAACCCACAAAACACACAUAAUUCUAUGCCUUUCUUCUCAAUCCUCAUUUGUUGAGAGAGAAACAGAAAAGAAAGAAAUAGCAGAUCCCCAAAACAGAAGGGCGGUUAAUCUGUGAACCAACCUUCUUCAGACUUCACUCACUUAUUAAAAAAAAUCAAUUUUAAAAUAAAAAAAGUAUAUAAAAACAUUCUGGUACAUAUAAAACAUCACCGAUCAGUCAGUGAGUCCAUCAAUCCUUUCAAAUAUCAAAUCAAAAAGAUAUCAUAUCAAGAGAAAAAUCACAUCCUGGUUUUAGAGAGAUUAAAAAAAAAAUGUCAUCUUCAUCAUCAUCAACAACAGGAAGUGCAGGUGGAGGUAAUGGUGGAAGUUUGGAUACUUCCCAAAUCACUCAAAUUCACUCUCCAUCACCUGACCAUCUUCUUUCUCCUUCUGAUCAGCUUUGUUAUGUUCAAUGCAGCUUUUGUGAUACUGUGCUUGCAGUGAGUGUGCCAAGUAGCAGCUUGUUCAAGACUGUGACUGUGAGAUGUGGACAUUGCACUAAUUUGUUAUCAGUGAAGGCACUUCUUUUACCAACUGCUACUCCUCCGCCGCCUUAUCAACCACCACCACCGACACUCACAGUCACCCCCAAUCAACUUCUUCAUCAUCAUCAUCAUCAUCUCUCUCCUCCUUUCUUCACCUCUCCUCACAAUCUUCUGGAAGAGAUACAGAGCUCACCACCAAACAUAGUGAUAAACAGUCAUCAUCAACCUAUGUUCAAUGAAACCAUGAAUAAUAUGAUGCCAGUUCGAGGAGUUGAUCACCAUCACCACCUUCAUCUUCAAGAGAUCCCUAAACCUCCCCCUGUUAAUAGACCCCAAGAGAAGAGACAGAGAGUACCAUCUGCCUAUAACAGAUUUAUCAAGGAUGAAAUUCAGCGAAUCAAAGCUGGAAAUCCUGAUAUUAGUCAUAGAGAGGCCUUCAGUGCAGCUGCCAAGAAUUGGGCCCACUUUCCACACAUUCAUUUCGGACUUAUGCCUGACCAUCAACCCGUGAAGAAGGCUAACGUGCGCCAGCAGCAGGAAGGAGAUGAACAUGAUGUUCUGAUUAAAGAUGGGUUCCUAGCACCUCAAGCCAAUGUGAAUGUUGGUGUAGGUCCUUACUAAGAUCUAGCACAACUAAAUUGUAGUCAUAAGAACAUUGUCAUUAAAGGAAGCCAGCAUCAGUUAUGUCAACAAGUACUCACUCUAGUACUAGUACUUCACCUAUUACUAUUACUAUGUGUUUAAAUUUCUGUAGCCUUUUCUUUUUUUUUUUUUAAUUUUUUUAUCACUAUUUCACUAGCUUAUUUUUACAUGGCUCCUCUCUCUUUUUAUUUAAUUACUUACCUCUAGGGUUAAUUUUAAGAGGGAUGAACCAGGUAAAUUAAACUGAGC